ACGUGAUUGAAGCCACCUCAAAGUGUGAUGUACCAAACCAUAGGAAAGUAGGAAACCCUAGUCUCCGUGUCGUUCAAGUAUCGAAUCGUUACGCCCAAGGUUGAAUCCGGCAAAUGUUUCUCUCUGGAGAACGAUUGAGGGAGAACUUGAGAUUGAGGAUUCCAAAUUUUCCGAUUUCGGUGCAGAUUACAGUUCAGAUUGAUGAAGCAAGUUCAUCGGUGGCAGAGGAUCGUGAUCCUCUCUUUGCUAUGUGUUUCCGUCUUUGCUCCGAUGGUUUUGUUCCCCAGCACACUCAAAAUUCUCACUUCCGCCGGUCGGAAAGAGUUUAUUGAGGAUUUGGCCAGUACUAAAUAUAGGUCCGAUAGCUUAAGACUUAAUGCGAUAGAGCAGGAAACUGGCAAAGACUUGAAAGAGCCGAAACUAGUUGUUUUCAAAGAAAGGGAUUUUGAUUCUGUAGUUAGUCACAGGUCGGUUGAGAAUAAUGAUUCUGAGCAAUCUGAGAAUACUGGAGAAGCUGUUAACCUUUUAGAAAGGAAUGAAACUAACCAUGAAAGAAAAGAAGACAAAAUUUUGCAGAUAACAAACUCUGUUCAAAAGGAGAAAUCCAAUCAAAAAGCAGUUCGACAUAAUCAAAAUGUACAGCAUCAAUCACAGAGGGUAACAGAUGGCAGGGUAAAGCUGAUGAGAGAUCAGGUCAUAAGAGCGAAAGCAUAUUUAGCUUUUACACCACCAGGUAGUAACUCUCACUUUGUAAAGGAGUUGAGAACACGAAUUAAAGAGGUGGAGCGGGCAGUUGGUGAAGCCACUAGAGAUUCAGAUUUACCAAGAAGUGCUUUGCAGAAAAUGAGAUCCAUGGAAGUUUUGUUGUCCAAAGCCAGUCACAUUUUCCCAGAUUGCUCUGCAAUGGCCACUAAACUACGGGCUAUGACUAAUAAUGCUGAAGAACAGAUAAGGGCACAGAAAAGUCAAGAGUCAUUUCUCCUUCAGCUUGCUGGAAGGACUACUCCAAAAGGCUUUCACUGCCUUUCGAUGCGACUGACAUCUGAAUAUUUUUCCAUCCAACCUGAGGAGAGGCAGUUCCCUAACCAACAAAAACUGCAUGAUCCAAACCACCAUCACUAUGCAGUAUUUUCUGACAAUGUACUGGCCUGUGCAGUAGUUAUAAAUUCUACUGUCUCCUUUGCAAUGGAACCUGAGAAAAUUGUUUUCCAUGUGGUGACUGAUUCUCUCAACUUGCCGGCAAUCUCAAUGUGGUUUUUGUUAAACCCUCCAGGCAAAGCUACAAUUCAGGUCAAGAGUGUGAAUAAUUUUGAAUGGUUGUCCUCCAAGUACAAUUCAACAAUGGAGCAGAAGUCUCAUUAUCCAAGAUAUACUUCUUUGCUGAACCACCUUCGUUUCUAUAUGCCAGAAGUCUUCCCUGCAUUGAACAAGAUUGUUUUCUUAGAUGAUGAUGUGGUAGUGCAAAAAGAUCUAAGUAAACUUUGGAGCCUUGACAUGAAGGGAAAAGUCAAUGGAGCAGUAGAGACUUGUCAGAAAAGUGAAGCUUCAUUUCAGCCAAUGGACAUGCUUAUUAAUUUUUCAGAUCCAUUUGUGGCCAAGAGGUUUGAUGUGAAUGCUUGUACAUGGGCAUUUGGCAUGAAUUUGUUUGAUCUGAACGAGUGGAGAAGACAGAAUUUAACUUCUCUUUACCAAAAAUAUUUGAAAUUGGGAUUAAAGAGGCCAUUGUGGAAGGCUGGGAGCUUACCCUUAGGUUGGGUAACCUUCUACAACCAGACAGUGUCUUUAGACAAAAAAUGGCACGUACUUGGGCUAGGUUAUGAAUCAGGUGUCAAGCAGGCUGACAUUGAGGGUGCAGCAGUCAUCCACUACAAUGGAAUCAAGAAACCGUGGCUGGAUAUUGCAGUCUCCGACUAUAAGGGCUAUUGGAGCAAACACAUGAAAUUCGAACAUCCUUACUUGCAACAGUGCAAUAUCCACGAGUAAUGGACAAUACCACAGCAUUUCAAAGUCUGAAUUCUUGAUCCCCGUACACCAUUAAUUGUUCCUCCUGGAAACCACUCUAGUUUACCUGAUUUUUUCUGUCAAAUUCAAUUCAUUCUUUUCCAAAAAUUUUCUUGCCCUAGUCUACUAGGACCAGAGUCAAUGAACUGAUACAAAAUAAGUGUUUCUGGUGAAUAGGAUGUUGCUGAUACAUAUUUGUACAUAAAUUAUUUUACUCCAGUGGAAAUCAAGCUCGCAUUCUUGAAUGGUCAGAAAACAUGUUUUCCAUCAGUUUUGUGCCUUGUAGGCUUUUCCUUUUUGGGUACAGUGGACCGUAGGCUUUAUUUUGCUGUAGCCUCUAUGGAAUGGAAUUAUUUCGAGUUUCUACUCGGAUGCCAAAUUGUUG